UUGCGUCGUUUAGUAGGUUGCGUUGCUCGUCUGUUCAAGUCCGCGAAUAUAACUCGCGCGCUCGGUGAACAAAAUAUAAAUUUUAAUAUAUAUUUAGAUAAAUACAAUAUUUAAUUUGAUACAUAUGUAAACUGUCUAGCUGAUUUAUGUUGACAAGGGAUUGUUAAUAGUUGUUGUGAUACAGGAUGGCAAACUUUGCGGUAUCCUUAAAAAGAAGUCCAAGUGAUUUUGAAGAUCAAAUGCUGUACAGAAAGAAAGCAGAUCUCAGGACUGAUGUGGAAAAAGUAGAACCCAAAGAUUUAACUAAUAGAAAUAUGUUUCCUAGUGCACAGAUUAAAAUGAGACUGAUGUCUCCAAAUAGUUCGCCGGCAACUUCUCCCACGAUGUCGACGUCAUCAUCGCCUACGCCUCCUCCGACCAACUCGAACCCCGCCAUUUCCGUCGCGGCCGCCGCUAGUUACGGCAAAAUGACGGGGAUUCCCUGCGUGGCGGCCGCAUCCAGGUACACAGCCCCGGUUCAUAUAGACGUCGGCGGAACUAUAUACACAUCCUCGUUAGAGACGUUGACGAAAUAUCCGGAAUCGCGACUGGCGAAGCUAUUUAACGGUAGCAUACCUAUUGUGUUGGAUUCCUUAAAACAACACUAUUUUAUAGACAGAGAUGGAGGAAUGUUUAGGCAUAUUCUAAACUUUAUGAGGAAUUCGAAACUUCUAAUUCCAGAAAAUUUUCACGACUUAGACUUGCUAUUAGAAGAAGCCAAAUAUUUCGACAUACCUCCUAUGGUUCGCCAGUUAGAACAAAUGAAAAAAGAUCGAAUAAAAAAUGGGAAUAUGGCAUCACCUUCGGACUUGACAUCACUGUUAAAAAGUACUACUAGGCAGCAAGGUGGACCCUUGGAAAGAAGUAUGCGGUCGUCAUCAGGGCAAGACAUGUACGAAUGCGUGGCGUUGCACGUGAGUCCUGAUUUAGGGGAAAGAAUUAUGCUUAGUGGUGAUCGAAAUCUUCUAGACGAGGUAUUUCCUGAAACAAACCAGGCAGUAAUGGAUGCCAGGACAGGAGCAGCGUGGAAUCAACAGGACGCUCAUCACGUAAUUAGAUUUCCUUUAAAUGGUUACUGUAAACUAAACUCCAUGCAAGUGAUAAGGAGGCUACUGAACGCCGGUUUUAAAAUAGCAGCUAGCAAUGGAGGUGGAGUUGAAGGACAACAGUUCUCCGAAUAUCUCUUUGUUAGAAAAGUACUACCUGGUUGAAUCUCAUUUGAUUUCGCCAUAGUGACGAUACUUUAGAUUAUAUUACUCUUUCCUCGGAUAUAUACUGGUGGUCACUUUAUUUCCGAGGUCUGUAUUUUAAUGCAUACGACCAGUUAACAGACAGGGGGGCAAAAUAAACACAGCGACAUAAAGUGUUUCCGGUUCAUACUUAAAAUAACAUAAUAAACGUAGAUAAUAUACUUAAGCUAAUGCUCAAUUCUGUUGCUUGAAAACAUGGAAUAAAAUAUCUCAUACACUUUCUUUACAACUACCACAGAAGUAAAUAUUCAUUGGUUAGUUGAGAUUAGUUCAGAAAUAGUGCUAGUAAUCAUAUUCUGAGGUGUAAAGUUUUGUUCUAAAAUCACGCAGUGUCACGAGGCUACACGCCAUAGAAUCAAUAAAAUUUGUACUAAAUUCAAACAGCUAUCAAAUUUGACUUUAGUUACUAAACUAACAACUAUGAUUGUUUGUUUUUGUAGUUUUGCCUGUGAUAGGUAUAACGUACUUCUAAUACCAAGCUAAUACCCUUAAUAAGAAUUUAUUACAUCAGUCUACGUGGGCGGUUUGAAAUUUUCAUGAAAAAUCCGGCAAUAUCGCAUAGAAAAACUGUAUCAACCCAACUUUUUUCUCUUUUUAAUAAAUUUGAUAUUUCGUUAAGCUGUUUCCAUUGCUGUCUUACACGUUAAAAUCCAGGCCACGCUUUUACGGUGACCAAAUGUGUAUGUUAUGUAAAUAUUAGGUAUAGGUAAAAUUAUUUUUAUUACUAAUGUUUCAUAAAUCCAUGAAAACAGCAACGUAUAGCGGUUGCAGUUGCGAAUACUUUGCGGUUGCAAAUACUUUGUAUACUUUUAUUUCUAUAGCCUAAUCUAUGCUUUAACCAGGUUAUAAAAGCAAUAUGAAGAAAUAUUUAAAAACAAAACAGAUUAUUUUUUCCAAAGAAUAACUACAUACCUUUAAAUAAUAAUAAGACUAUGUAUUCAGUUUUUGCCUAUCCAAAUUAACUGAUUUCAAAAACACAAAACUAGUUACAUAUUAUUAUUAUUAGAAUAAUUUGUAAGUAACAAUUGUGAAACUAUAUAUGUACAACAAAUAUAUAUCUGAAAAAUUUAUAAAAUUUUCAAUAACAAUUUGUCGCAAAAUUUCUAGUAAUUAUUAUAACUAACUUUUAUAUACAUUUUUGUUCAUAAACUAUUAUUUGAUAUAAUUAAUACUUCAAAACUUGAAAAUAUAUACAUAAUGUACUAUAACCUUUUUUAAAUAGAUUUUAACGCAUUAGUAAUAAACUGUGGUCUCUAAUAUGCUUUUAUAAGGGGUUUCUAGAACUGGUUCCAAUACAAAAAAACUUUUUUGUUAAAAUUUCCCUAAAGAGUCCUCUUAUUUGCUCACUUAUAGGCUUGGUGCAUUAUCCACCGUUGCUCCAUAUUUAUUAUAAUUGAAUUUGAAAGUUUAUUUGAAAAUUAUUAGCAGGUACAAAACAAUAAAAAAUAUAUCUUUUGAUAUUUUCAGAAGGUCUAACUAAAUUCAAGCUAAUAAUACAUUUUAAAUGAGUAAAACACGCCGGCUGCUUCAACUACUGUAGGAAGUAUAGUUUUUAUGUACCGAUUUUGCUUGACUAAAGCGGCGUCAAAUGAAGUUAGCAGUUCUGAUUUCUACCGUAUCCAGCGCUGCUGUCAAAAAUUUUAAAACUCAGUUGAAAUGCAUCAAGCCUAUAUGCUAUUACCUACACUUUUUAGUGACAUAAACAUUAAUAUUAGUCCAAAAAUAAACUAAAUUUUGUAUAUAAAUAUUAGAUAUUUAAGAAAUUCAUAAUGUUUGCAAUUUAUUAGUUUUGUAUACUAUUAUAUUUCGUGAAAAUCUAAGCGAACAUUGAUAAAAAUUAUUGAAAAGAGUAAAUUAAAAGUAAAUUGUACAUAACUGCAGCUAUCUCUAAAUUCCUGCCUGUGUUUAUGUUAGAACACUAUUAAUUCAAAAUAAUUUAUUUGCCUAAUUUGAAAAACUAAAUAUUAGGUAAAAAUAUAUCACAUUUUCAUUAUUUAUAUUAUAAGAAACACUAACUAAAUCACGAAUAAUUUAUUAUGUUUGCUUUUCAUUAUUAUGUUUGUACCAAAUUUUGUCCCUAGUAAUAAUAUGAAUCUACAUAAAUAUGUGUGUUCUAAAACAUUUAAUGUAAAAAAAUCAAAUUGAUCUCAUCAUUCCCUCUCCUGGCUGUGAUCCCUAUAAAAUAAGCUUAACUACUAUAGCGGAUCGAAAAAUCUCUUGGACCUAUUUCAUAUUAAAUGAAGCCACCUAUAUGUGUAGUAAAAUAUAACAAAUUGUUACUUAAGUUAUAUACUUGUAAAAAUAAAUGGUUAUAUAAAUACUGUU